AUCCAUGGAUAUCUUUUGCUUGCCGCCGAUGCCACUGGGAUGAGCGUCCGGCUCCCCGGGGCCUCCAAGCCCGCCACCGCCAUGGCCACCGCCGCGCUGUCCCUCCCACCACUCCCCCACCGAACUCCCCCUCCUGCCGCACCCGCCAGCUCGCCUCCCCACUCCACCUCCGCCUCCCUGAGGCGGCUCUGCAAGGAAGGCGACCUGCGUCAAGCCCUGCGCCUGCUGACGGCCCGGGCGCCGCCGCCUCGGGAGCACUACGGCUGGGUGCUCGACCUCGUCGCCGCCAGGAGGGCGGCCGCGGAGGGCAGGCAGGUCCACGCGCACGCGCUGGCAACUGGUUCCCUUGAAGAAGACGAUGACGGCUUUCUUGCGACCAAGCUGGUGUUCAUGUACGGUCGUUGCGGGCGGGUGGACGACGCGCGCCGCCUAUUCGACGGAAUGCCCGAGCGGACCGUGUUCUCCUGGAACGCGCUCGUCGGGGCGUACCUGUCGUCAGGGAGUGCCGUCGAGGCCGUGCGGGUCUUCAGGGUCAUGCGGGCAUCGGCUGCGCCGGGGUCCGCGCCUGACGGGUGCACGCUCGCGUCUGUGCUCAAGGCGUGCGGUGUGGAGGGGGAUGGACGCUGCGGGCACGAGGUGCAUGGCCUUGCUGUGAAGAGUGGACUUGAUAAGAGCACCCUCGUGGUCAAUGCGCUUAUCGGGAUGUAUGCCAAGUGCGGCAUGCUGGAUUCAGCACUGCAGGUGUUCGAGUGGCUGCAUGAUGGGAGGGAUGUCGCGUCCUGGAACUCGGUUAUAACGGGGUGCGUGCAGAACGGGAGGACCUUGGAAGCCCUGGAGUUGUUCCGAGGGAUGCAGAGCUCUGGAUGUGGUAUGAAUUCCUACACGGCCGUGGGGGUGCUGCAAGUUUGUGCGGAGCUAGCUCUGCUGAAUCUGGGCAGGGAGUUACAUGCAGCACUUCUCAAAUGUGGCAGUGAGUUCAACAUCCAGUUCAAUGCUUUGCUUGUCAUGUAUGCAAAAUGCGGCCGGGUGGAUAGUGCUCUAAGAGUAUUCCGUCAGAUUGAUGAGAAAGACUACAUAUCGUGGAAUUCGAUGCUGUCCUGCUAUGUCCAAAAUGGUUUGUAUGCUGAGGCCAUUGGUUUUUUUGGUGAAAUGCUUCAUCAUGGUUUUCAGCCUGAUCAUGCCUGUGUUGUAAGCUUGUCCUCUACAUUGGGACAUUUGGGUUGGCUAAACAAUGGUAGAGAGGUUCAUGCGUAUGCUAUAAAGCAGAGGCUUCAUACUGAUUUGCAGGUUGGGAAUACAUUGAUGGACAUGUACAUAAAGUGUGACUCCAUAGAGUGUUCAGCAAAAGUAUUUGAAAGCAUGAGUAUUAGAGAUCACAUAUCUUGGACAACAAUCCUUGCUUGUUUUGCACAGAGUUCACGGCAUUUUGAAGCGCUGGAAAUGUUCCGAGAAGUGCAGAAACAAGGGAUUAAGGUAGAUUCUAUGAUGAUUGGAAGCAUUUUAGAAAUAUGUAGAGGUUUGAAAAGCCUCUCUCUGCUAAAGCAAGUGCAUUCUUAUGCUCUUAGAAAUGGACUGCUUGAUCUGAUACUAAAGAAUAGGCUGAUAGAUAUAUAUGGGGACUGCAGAGAGGUUUGCAAUUCACUAAAUAUAUUUCAGACAAUAGAGAAAAAGGACAUUGUUACUUGGACUAGUAUGAUCAACUGUUGUGCAAAUAAUGGGCUGUUGAACGAAGCUGUUUCCUUAUUUACUGAGAUGCAGAAAGCAAAUAUUGAACCUGAUUCUGUAUCAUUAGUAAGUAUUUUGGUGGCUAUCGCUGGCUUGUCAUCAUUGACAAAAGGAAAACAGGUUCAUGGCUUUCUUAUCAGAAGAAACUUUCCCAUAGAAGGUCCGAUAGUAAGUUCCCUCGUGGACAUGUAUUCUGGUUGCGGAAGCCUGAACUAUGCUAGCAAAGUAUUCUAUGGGAUUAAAUGUAAAGAUGUGGUUCUUUGGACAGCGAUGAUUAAUGCUACUGGCAUGCAUGGACAUGGAAAGCAAGCCAUAGAUAUAUUCGAGAGAAUGCUGCACACUGGUCUGACUCCUGAUCAUGUUUGUUUCCUUGCUCUGCUGCAUGCUUGUAGUCAUUCGAAGCUUGUCGAUGAGGGUAAAUACUAUCUGGAUAUGAUGUUGAGCAAGUACAGGUUAAAACCGUGGCAGGAGCACUAUGCCUGCGUGGUUGAUAUUCUUGGCCGCUCAGGCCGGACUGAGGAGGCUUACAGGUUCAUUGAGUCUAUGCCUAUGGAACCAACAUCUGUGGUGUGGUGCGCACUGCUUGGGGCAUGUCGUGUCCACAAAAACCAUGACCUUGCUGUGGUUGCAGCCAAUAAGCUUCUUGAGCUAGAACCUGACAAUCCAGGCAAUUAUAUUCUUGUAUCAAAUGUCUUUGCUGCGAUGGGAAAGUGGAACGAUGUCAAAGAAGUUAGAACCAGGAUGGCAGAAUUGGGGUUGAGAAAAGAUCCAGCUUGCAGUUGGAUUGAGAUAGGCAACAAUAUCCACACUUUCACAGCAAGAGAUCACUCUCAUAGAGACUCAGAGGCAAUCAAUCUCAAGCUUGCCGAGAUAACAGAAAAACUAAGAAAAAAAGGUUACACAGAGGAUACAAGGUUUGUCCUUCACGAUGUGAGCGAAGAGGAGAAGAUAGAUAUGUUGCAUAAACACAGUGAGAGGCUUGCAAUAGCGUUCGGCUUGAUCAGCACUCAUCCAGGUACGCCUCUAAGGAUAGCCAAGAACCUCAGGGUGUGCGGCGACUGCCACGAGUUCACCAAGCUGGUGUCCAAGCUGUUUGAAAGGGACAUCAUGGUCCGAGAUGCCAACAGGUUCCACCAUUUCAGUGGAGGCUCUUGUUCUUGUGGAGACUUCUGGUGAACGUGAUUUUAGGGCAUAGAACUAAGUACAUAGGCAUCUUAUUGACUUGGAGGUUAGUUACAUCAGAGGCAAAAUUGGUGAUGUGGCUAAGCAUGUUAAGACCAGAAAUUGUCUGUUCUGUGGAUGGAACAACUGAGAAGACACCUAUUUGGAUUGGUUAUAUGUAACUGUGGGCUCCGUCCAAUCAGUCAUUUGCAUUUGGGCCGUUGCCUAUUUGGAUUGGUGUUAUGCAAUAGCAGGCUGCGUCGACCAGCUUUCCAGCAGUUUAUGAACUACUCGUCAGGACAUGGUGUUGAUCCUAAAUGCAAGGAAAUCGAGGUACUGAUCAUAUACACAACAAGAUUUCGAACCAAAGAGCAAAAGUUCGGACACGUCUUUGCAUGACAUCGCUGCUCAGGAUAUCAGGGAUAACCUGUUCUUGGUCUACAUGAAGGGUUUCCCUUAGUCUCCAAUGUGUGGCUUCAGUGCACUGUCAGCCAUGGUCUUCCAGCAAGAUGGUAACUAGGACCUGGUUCUUCCUUCUUCAUAAAUUUCUUCAGAAGGGGGAGGAUCUGCUUGGUGAUAUGGCACAAAGAGGUGGACAAAAGGCAGAUGCUAACGAGCUGUAAAUCAAUCUACAGUUCAUUCGUUUUUUGCUGUUCAAGCUACCAAGUGACAGAAAAUUAUUAUCGGACAAUUCUAGGCGACCUUGCUGUUCUUUUCAGCGCCGGGUAUGGAUGUGGUCCCAGGUGGUCUGGCAUUCUGGCUGAGACAAGACCAUGAUCGGGUCCAGGAAUUCACCGAGCAGUCAGAAUGAAUACUGCCACCACGCAAUGCCGUUCUUUGGUGCAUUGUAUAUUGAGCUUGAGUCCCAGGACACAUAGGUUGCGUACGUUCCUGUAUUUUUUUUAAUUCAACUGAAUCUGCAACGGUACAUGGCAAGUCUGUAAAAUGCUUGUGCACUACUGUUUUUAUUCAAUAUACCCACUGGAGGUGGUGUUUGCGAAAAA